GUGCAAACGGAUAUGCCCAGCAACAGCGACGGAUGUAAAUACACAAAAAAUAAUCCUAGGACGCAACGUAUGGUGAAAUAUGUACUGUAUGUGUUGAUAUAAAAUAUUUGUGUGUUUCUCUCCUAAAAUGCUAAAUGCAAAUUAUUAUGAUGCUAUCGUUCAAUUUUACUAUAACCACAUGUACGUGCAUGAAUAUUUCCAUUCACCGGAAGUUGAAUAUUCCACAGCAACAUGGACGAUACAUGAACUUUUACUUUUUCUGCAACAAGGACAGAUUUCUGAUUUAACGUAAAACAUGACUUAUUCUCAAAGAUCAGACACGGGUUUAUGUGACGGAAUUAAUAUUGCCCUUUGAAACAAUGAUAGCUGAAGUAGAACACCCACCAAUGACCUCUGAAGUGAACAAAAAUCAAACCCUUCCCCUCUCCACCAAAGAGGACACCAAAGUAAAGGUUGAAGGGAAAAUACCAAACGGCAAAAUUAACCACAUCAAAGACGAAAAUGGACGUAUUACGCGGAAUCACUCUAGGGAUCAGGACAAUUAUAAGAUGGAGUUAAUGGCACAAUGCACAUGUGGUAGUGAUGUGCAGCAUUCAGUUGAGGAAAAUUCCGAGCAUGAGCACCUGCUGUGUGAGUCGGUGAGAAGAGUCCACAUCGAACAACAAUUCCAAGAAGACAUUAAUGAAGUGGACGGAAUCAGUUACACUGUAUAUGAAUCAGAAAAACAAAUGCCGGACAUUAUGAGGCUUAUUACCAAAGAUCUUUCUGAACCAUAUUCCAUUUACACAUACAGAUAUUUUAUCCACAACUGGCCAAAGCUGUGCUUUUUGGCAAUGGAUAAAGAAAAGUGUGUGGGUGCCAUAGUUUGUAAAUUAGAUAUGCACAAGAAAAUGGUACGCAGAGGGUACAUAGCCAUGCUGGCAGUAGAUGCAGACUACAGAAGGAAAAAGAUAGGGUCCCGUUUAGUUUUGAAAGCCAUUAGAGGAAUGAUUGCUGAUGACUGUGAUGAGGUGGUCCUUGAGACAGAAAUUACAAACAAGGCAGCGUUGCGGUUGUAUGAGAAUCUGGGGUUUGUGAGAGACAAACGAUUGUUUAGGUACUAUCUGAAUGGGGUGGACGCUCUACGGUUAAAACUCUGGUUAAGGUGAAUGUGGUGUUGAAAUGCUACAAUAUGAAAUUACGAAAUGUAACCCCCAAAACAAGUUACAAAUUAUAUGAUUCCUUCACUGUUACAUGAUUGUAUUAUGUGGAAAAAAGAUUGCAUUAUGUGAACCAUUUUGUUGCACAGGCGUUCAUGUAUUUUAAUGAUAAUGUGUGAAUACUGAUAUGUCCUUGAUUUUCUUGAAGUAAAAAUAAACUAUGGGAUGGUUA